AUGAUCGAAUUCCGCACCCAAGGCUUCAACCCCUACGCAACCAAAUACUCCCCCUUCUUCGACUCCCGCCUCGCCGUCUCCGCCGGCGCCAACUUCGGCCUCGUAGGCAACGGCCGCCUCUACAUCCUCAACCUCACCGCCAACGGGAUCCAAGUAGAAAAGUACUUCGAAACGCAAGAUUGUCUCUUCGACACCGCCUGGAGCGAACAGCAUGAGAAUCAGAUCCUGACCGCCGGCGGCGAUGGCAGUAUCAAGCUCUUCGACAUCGGCGUUGGUGAGUUCCCCGUAGCGGGCUGGCAGGAACAUGGCCGGGAGGUGUUUAGUGUGCAUUGGGGAUUGGUGGACAAGAGUCGGUUCUUGAGCAAUUCGUGGGAUGGUACGGUCAAGAUAUGGGCGCCGGAGAGGAAGGAGAGUCUGAUGACUCUGCCGGUGCAUAGUUGUGUCUACAGCGCACAAUUCAGUCCACAUCAUCCGGAUAUAGUGACUUGUGUCAGUCGCGACAGCCAUUUGCGGGUCUACGAUCUCAGAACCAAGGCGAGUGCGCAGAAUCAUAUGACGCUUGCUAUACCCAUCCAUGCCCCGCCGAAGGUGCCAGCACCGGGGUAUGGGCAGGGAAGUGUUGGGCCGACGGAGUGUCUGACGCAUGACUGGAACAAGUAUCGGGAUUCGGUGCUUGCUACUGCUGGGGUGGAUUCCGUGAUAAGGACGUUCGAUCUACGAUCACCUGCUGGACCUGUCAAUCUAUUGACAGGACACGAGUAUGCUGUCAGGAAGGUGAGCUGGAGCCCGCAUCUCAGCGAUGUCCUGCUGAGUGCGAGUUAUGAUAUGAGCUGUCGUGUUUGGACGGACGGAAGUAAUGUGGAGAAAGGCGGCAAUGGCGCUGGGUUUGGGAGGGAGAUUGGCCGUAUGGAUGCGCAUACCGAGUUCGCCAUGGGCGUAGACUGGUGUCUAUUUGGUGCCGAAGGAUGGUGUACGACCUGUGCUUGGGACGAGAGAGUAUUGGUGUGGGAUGUGAGGGAGUUCAUGCGACCAACGUGA